AUGCCCACCUGUCAUAUCGCCUUUACAUCUCAACUGUCCAUCUUGCUUGGAACCCUCACCACUGGGAAUGGUGAAGCCACGAUUCUUGAAAAAAAGUCCGAGUUUAUUGGUCUUAUUUUCGUCUGUUUCGCAUAUUUUGUUAUGUUUCCAAGGGCCAUUUGUAGUAUUACAUUUUUCUUUCAAAUAUGCCAAGUCCUCACUCACCGUCUCCAGUAUGGUCAGGCAGACCUUGGCGCAGUUGCGGCCCUCAGCGGAAAGGACUUGUUCGGGUUGAGAAGGAUCGGUAUCUUUUUUAGUGUUUUUAACCACCCAGUCAUCCGCACGUUUUUGACCACUGUACUUGUUCACGUACGCGUGUCCGAGUUGCUGGGUGAAUUGCGUCAUGCCGCGCCUGAGGGCGUCGAGGAGAAGCGGGUUGUGGAAGCCGGCGAACGUGGAGGGGGAGAGGGAGGAGAUGGAGGAGGAAAGGGAGGAGAGUAA